CCCCCGGAUCAAUGACCUGAGCCGAAAGCAGACGCCCAAUGACCAAGCCCCCCAGGCGCCCAAAGGAGAGGACUUUAGAGCUGCUUGUUGGAAGGAUUGGGGAGGGGAGAGCUAGGUACAAGGUCCCAAGGCAGGACCUGGCGGCCACACUGAGGGACCGAAAAGAAGGCCAGGGUGGCGGUGGGAUGGGCGGUGGGGUGGUCCUGAGCCCUAUCUGCCCUGUAAGAGGAGCUUCUGGAAGAGCGGGUGGGGCCGCCGGGGCAGGGCCUGGGCUGGAGGGCUCUGGAAGGCGGGCUGUGAUCAGUGUUUGGCAGACCUUCCUCUGCCUGUUGCAACAACUCUUUCUGCAGUUGUCGCAGGGUGAGAGAGGCAGACUCACCCCGAGGGCUGGUUGUCACACCAGGGGAGAGGAUAGUAGUGGGCCUGACGCUGGAGAGAAGGGACCAAGAUGUCCUUCCUUCAUACCGCUGUCCCGGCACACAGCACUCAGAGACGCUGCUCUAGGAAGUCCCUCCCAGUUGCCAUGGAUUAGGGGGUGGGAGGGUAGGGCUGGCUGCUGGGAGGGAAUGUGGCUUUGUGCUUGGCAAACAAAGAACAGAGCUUGGGGCCCUCUUCUCCUGGGGGGGGUGGGGGCAGGCCCGAGAGGCUGUUGACAGGACCAGAGGCUGAACCUCCAGCGGGCCUGGCAGGAGCAGGCUGUACCCUAAAGCCGCGGGGAGGACCCCAGAGCCCUCCAAGGGUGAACUCCUUGCAGCUGAGGCCCCGCCUUGCCCCCCGUGAGGUGGGGGCCCAUCAGGAUGAACAAACUGUCUGGGGAGCUGGCCCGCGACUUGGAGCGCAGCCUGCCCGCCGUGGCCUCCCUCGGCUCGUCGCUGUCCCACAGCCAGGCCCUCUCCUCGCACUUCCUCCCGCCCCCUCCGGAGAAGCGCCGCGCCAUCUCUGAUGUCCGCCGCACCUUCUGUCUCUUUGUCACCUUCGACCUGCUCUUCAUCUCCCUGCUCUGGAUCAUCGAGCUGAACACCAACACAGGCAUCCGGAAGAACCUGGAGCAGGAGAUCAUCCACUACAACUUUAAAACGUCCUUCUUUGACAUCUUUGUCUUGGCAUUCUUCCGCUUCUCGGGACUGCUCCUAGGCUAUGCGGUGCUGCGGCUUCGGCACUGGUGGGUGAUUGCGGUCACGACGCUGGUGUCCAGCGCGUUCCUCAUCGUCAAGGUCAUCCUCUCCGAGCUGCUCAGCAAAGGGGCAUUUGGCUACCUGCUCCCUAUCGUCUCCUUUGUCCUUGCCUGGCUGGAGACCUGGUUCCUUGACUUCAAAGUCCUGCCACAGGAGGCCGAGGAGGAACGAUGGUAUCUUGCUGCCCAGGCUGCUGUCGCCCGUGGACCCCUGCUCUUCCCUGGUGCUCUGUCCGAGGGCCAGUUCUAUUCACCCCCAGAAUCCUUUGCAGGGUCUGACAACGAAUCCGAUGAAGACAUUGGGAAAAGAAGCUUCUCUGCCCAGGAACGGGAGUACAUCCAUCAGGGGAAGGAGGCCAUGGCGGUGGUGGACCAGAUCUUGGCUCAGGAGGAGAACUGGAAGUUUGAGAAGAACAAUGAGUACGGGGACACUGUGUACACCAUCGAGAUUCCCUUUCACGGCAAGACCUUCAUCCUGAAGACCUUCCUGCCCUGCCCUGCCGAGCUGGUGUACCAGGAGGUGAUCCUACAGCCCGAGAGGAUGGUGCUGUGGAACAAGACCGUGACCGCCUGCCAGAUCCUGCAGCGAGUAGAGGACAACACUCUCAUCUCCUACGAUGUCUCUUCGGGGGCCGCGGGCGGGGUGGUCUCCCCCAGGGACUUCGUGAACGUGCGGCGCAUUGAGCGACGCAGAGAUCGCUACCUGUCCUCGGGCAUCGCCACCACCCACUGCACCAGGCCCCCUACACACAAAUAUGUCAGGGGAGAGAACGGUCCUGGGGGCUUCAUCGUGCUCAAGUCAGCCAGUAACCCCCGAGUCUGCACCUUCAUCUGGAUCCUUAAUACAGAUCUCAAGGGCCGCCUGCCCCGGUACCUCAUCCAUCAGAGCCUCGCGGCCACCAUGUUUGAAUUUGCCUUUCACCUGCGGCAGCGCGUCGGAGAGCUGGGGGCCCGGGCGUAACUGUGCCCCCUCACCACCCUGCAGGGCAGGGUCCUGUCACCACAGCCUUCAGAGCCAGAAAGGGGGCCAGCAGGGCUUCCCGGCACCCACAGAGGACCUGGCCUCAAGCACUAGGAAGGAAGAUGUUUCCUCUUGGUGCAGCCCCUCGGGCCCUGGCUGCCACUGUCCUCCAUGCUUUGCUGUGCCUGGGAGCCAUGGCCGUGAGCAAGUUGUGCAGUCAGGCACCCGGGUGCCAGGGCUCUGCCACCGAGGCCAGUGGGGUCUGCUCUGCUGAUGUUUACGCAGUGACUGGCCUUGCCUCCAGGAGGACUAGAUGCAAGAUGCCCCUGCCUGGCCCGGGGCAGGAUCUGGAAUGGGAGGGGCAGACCUGGUGGGAGAACACCAGGGCCCCGAGCAGGAUGGAGGUCAGGGCGGCCUGGUCACCUACGUUCAGGUGCAGGAGCCCCUUCAUCUGCCUGCUCUCUCGUCAUGCUUUUUUAGGAUUAUUUAAAAGGUCUGGGACCUUUUUCCCCAUGCACUUGUCGGGGAACGGGUGGCAGGUGGGGUCGGUGGGUGCAGGCAGUGAAUGUCUGCCGCUCCCGGUUUCUCUCCCUCCCCCAGGGUUCCUUGGGGACGUUUGUAAUUUGAGCCAAUUAUUAAAAAUGAACUUAAAAAA